AUGUCGAGCCAAGUGAUCUCAACUGGCCACGGUAAAGUUGUCAUCCAAAUAAAUCCACUGAUAAACCAAGAAAGUGCUGAAGGAAAAGAUAAGAGAGGAACGUAUGCACCCCUCCAAUGGUUUCUUAAAGUACAACCAAAGUCACUGGGGACUGUGCAGAUUAUGAUUGGAGUGGUGACCCUGAUGAUUGGUAUUGUGUUCACCAUUAAAAUUCACCAUUUCAUGUUAACUGCCAUCAGUGGCAUAAACUUCUGGGGAUCUUUCAUUUACAUCAUUGCUGGGUCUCUGUCUGUUGUUGCAGAAAAUAAACUCAAUUUCUGUGUGGUAAAAGCUUCACUUGGAAUGAAUGUGAUCAGUGCCAUAACUGCAGGUGUUGCUAUUAUUCUGUUGUCCAUAGAUCUAGCAUCUGUGGCGUACUAUGGAUAUUAUUACAGAGAGAAUGAACGUUUAUUUCAAGCCUUUCAGGUACCAUAAUUACUUUUACUACAUUUACAUAUUUUUUUUUUUCAUUUGUUUUAUCAAGUAAUUCAGAACUCCCCGAAAUAAGGGACAGUUUCACAGACAGGGUUUAGAUAAGCCAGGAUUAAGGCCAUAGUUAUAUAAGGGCAUUAAGUACAGUAAUUUUUACAAACACAUACUGUGCACCUUACAAAAAACCAUUACUGGUGUGUAUCCUGAGACAAAACAAUGGCACUGAUAUUUUUAGAUGCCAGUGUUUACCAUUAGGACAGCUCAAAAAAGCAUUUUGGUCUUGGUCUAGACUUAAGCCCGGGAUACACUGCACGAUUUUUGGCUGUACCAUCGUGAAACAAUCGUGCCGAUUAGUGGUCCUAUGUCGUAGAGAGGUUCAAAGACGGCCGUUUUCCUGGUCUUGUGUCUAAUGAUAGCCUACGAUAGUUUUCUCACAGUGUUAGAAAUUCAGCAUGAUCAACACACAGAGGGCCCUAUCUUGCACCCAGCACAAUUGACUUUGUCAGUGACGCAUGUAUCAUUCGUAUUUUGCACCGGCGCACAGCGGG